GUAGUAGUGAUGUAAAAGCAAUGCUUCGGCGAUGCUCUCGUCAGCUCCAGUGCGGAGCAUCAUUCCAUGAAAGUUACCGAUUUUCCCCGUGGUUUGAUUGAUGAGAAGUCGGGGGCCGUGCUCACGAUCCAGUCAGGCCUGCGUGUCUCGAGUAAAGGUGGAGCUUCGAGGAGUCGUCUGCCUUGCGGUUGUCCACCAGGCCAUGCACACAAUCUCUACGACCUCGAUCUGCCCCUACUAUGCCCUUCUUGCGGCAGCUUGCCCUAGUGCGCUCGCACCAGCCGAAGCGCCCGCUGGAAGGGCAUGCGUACCAGCCUGGUCGACGAGAGCUCGAGUCAUGCGAUCAAUCAGCUGUCUCUUGUCGGAGCUGCGAAUUCAGUAAUGGCAGCGGAGUGGGUUUGUGAAUGAAGGGGCAGAUGGCAAGGAUGGCCGACGCGGGUCCUUUGCUG